CCCAUCAUAAUCCCAGACCUCCUGUCAGACUGGCCUGCUCUUCAUCUCUGGCGAGAUCUGGGAUAUCUCCACCACCGUACGAUGGGCGGCCUUCGACUUGUUCCUAUCGAGAUUGGUUCGUCUUACACCUCUCAAGACUGGUCUCAGAAGAUAGUCACAUUCGGCCAAUUUGCAGACACCUACCUCGGUCCACUCGAGAGCCAUGCACGAGAUUCAGGGCACGUUCCAAAAGAAGUUGCCUACCUCGCCCAACACGACCUUUUCGCACACAUACCGUCCCUCGCCCGGGAUAUCAUGUCACCCUCUCUCCUUACCGCACCGCGAAUGAACGCCUGGCUCGGCCCAGCUGGGACCAAAACGCCACUUCACACCGAUCCGUGGCAUAAUCUGUUCUGUCAGGUUGUUGGAUGGAAGUACAUCCGCUUGUGUCCGCCUGAGGAGCGAGAGAGGUUGUACCCAAGAGGAAAAGAUGGGAUGGGUGUAGAUGGGAGUAAUACGUCUGGAAUUGAUGCGAGGAAAAGUCAUGAGGUCGAAUUCCCGCAUGCAGAAGAGGCUCGGUAUGUCGAAGCGAUGCUGGGACCGGGAGACUCACUGUACGUGCCGCUGGGUUGGUGGCAUUAUGUGGAGAGUGCGACGACGAGCUUUAGUGUGAGCUUUUGGUGG